GUAACACUACAUAUUCACCCACCAACCAAUAAUCAGUUUAGUUUAUUAUAGUAAAAGUCGGGAAUUUAAAAUAGGUAAAUAUAAAAAUAAGUAUAUGGUAUAUGUUGUUAGUGUGUGCGUGUGUGUCGGUCCCACCGUUAUCUUCAAUGUCCACUGAAAAAUUGUAUACAAUUAUUACAAUAUUGAGUUAUAUUAGAUAUUGAGAUAUUUAUUAUUUAAUGUUUUAAUAGGAUAGGUUAUAGUAUAACAGGAAACACGCGCUCGAAUAUUAAACGCAGAAUAGUUAUGUACGGUUCUGAAAUAAAUUGAAUCAUUUUAUUGUCUACACGAUCAGAAUAUUAAGUGUUCGUUCCAUGUAGUAAUAUAGUGCGAUUUGUACGUUUUAAUUUCUGUUCAAAAGUAAAAUAAUGUCGGUUCUUGAUGAAUAAGUAUCAAAUUAAUAUUCAGAAUGAUAAAACAUAAAGAUAUCACAAUUCCAGCCACUGAAGUUGUUGAAUGUACUGUAAAGAAAUGCUAUAAUGACCAGAACAAAAGAAAAAUUAAAACAUCUAAUAAAUGGAGAAAAUCAAGAAUACACAAUUAUGAAAAUCGAAAUUCUAUUGAAAUGGAUAAAAUAAAAAAAUGUGAUACGCAAUUGCCGCUUCAGCAAUAUCAUCAAAAUAAACCAUCAUUAUCGGUUAAAGGCUACAAAUAUAGACACAACGUUAAUGAUCAAUUCUAUAUAAAUAAAAAUAAUAUUUGUGAUAACCAUUUACAAUCAGAACAAUCAUCACCAAAAUGUGAUAUGUCUGAAAAUGAGGACCAUAUAAAAAAUAAUAUAUACAAUUUGGAAAAUACAAACAUUGAUAAUAGUGAACAUGAGGCUAAAACAAUUACUGAUGAAACACAAACAAAUAAAACAGCUAUAUCUUUAUUAAAUGAAUGGGCCAUGCGUGGUGAAGAAAAAAAACCAUUUACUGUAUCGUAUGUGCUUGUGGCUAUAACUGGACAUGCACAUAAGCCAAUAUUUACAUACAUGUGUCAAACACACAAUAUGAAAGCUUUAGGAGAGGGGAAAUCUAAAAAGGAAGCAAAACAAAAUUCUGCUGCUCAGAUGUGUGAAAAACUUUUUAAUUUUAAAAUUGACUUUGUGAAUGACAGUGAUAAAUUCAUAUCGUCUACCACUGAUAACUCUGAAAUUAGUGAAAAUGAUACAUUUUUAAGUAGUACUGAAGGAUCACAAACUAUAGAUGAAACUAACUCAGAUGUGGAUGAUGAAGGAUUGCAACAAUUUAAAUAUGAAGCAGUACAAAUUGCACAUUGUGAUAUGAAUCCUAUUGGAGCCUUACAAGAGUUGUGCACAACUUAUAAAUGGACACCUCCAGUCUACAGUUUUGAGAUAUUAAAGAAAGAUCAAAGUGAAUGUAAAGUAUUAUACAAAGUUACUUGUGAAGUUUUUCAUUUACAAACAAUGGGAUCUGACAGUAUCAAGAAAGGAGCUAAACGUAAGGCCGCACGUCUGAUGUACGAAAAGAUUUUUGACGUUGGCAUAGAACAAUUAAAUGAAUUAAAAUCUUCAUAUCCAAUAACGCUGUUAUCAACUGAGGAUUGUGAACAAAAUAAAUGCAUUUCUAUAAUACAUGAUGAGGAAAAUCAAAAACUCUCAAAUAAAUGGGUUUCAGCAUAUUGUUUUCGUUCAUAUUUUACAGAAACAACUGCAUCUAGAACGGCAAUAAAUGAUAUAACAACAGUUUCUUUAGUUGAGAAUAAGGAUAAUCCAACGCAAGAGGAUCAACAACUAGGGCGAUCUACAACGGAACUGGAACACUAUAUUGAACAUUAUGAUCCCAAUGAAAGUGCUGUUAAUAAAUUAGAAACUUUAUGCAAGGAACUAGGUUUCCAAGCAAUUUAUGUAUGUCUGGGAGUUCAAAAAAAAAAAGAUAUUGAAAACAAUACUGGCCAAGAUGAAGAGUAUGCUGUAUUGGUACAAGUAACUUCUGUACCGAUCACUGUUACGACUGGAUAUGGAGCCACUACUGAUGUGGCGGCAGAAGAAGCUGCUAAAUCUAUACUACAGACGUUCAAAGCAAUGUUGCUCUUCACUAAGCCUGCUACCGUAAAUUUCAAUAAUAAUAAUGAGGAGGAGAAAAUUAUAAAUAUAUUGUAAACUCAAUCAUUUAAAUUAAGUAGUUAUGUAAUUGCACAUUUAUAUUAGUUAUAUGAAAAGUAUUUAAAAUAUUUAUUUAUUCAAUUAUGGUUAACAAAUUUUUAGGUUUAUCUUGGAUCAUUUAUAAAAGUAACACCAAUACGAAAUAAUUGUAUACAUUUUUUUUUUUACUUACACUUAAAUCAACAAGUUUUUAGUUUUUGUUUGUUUAUCAUUGAAAAAAACAUUAAGUAAGAUCGGUUUUUUUUUUGUACCCGAUCAUUAUAUUACCUAUAUUUUACAAACUACCUGUGUAAGUACUUAGUAUUAUGAUGUUUAAUCUAAAAUAAUUGUUUUAUGAUCUCACCUGUUAGUUGAUCAAAUAAAUUAUAUAGAGAAAUAAAUAAUAUCAAAAUAACAGAGCAAUAGGUACCUAUAAUAUUUAAGUUGUAAUAAUUGUAUGUUAUUAAUAAUAAGAAUUUUUUCCAUUAAAACUGUCAGGCCUUUUUUUUAUCAAUUAUAUGUAAUAUUAUAUAUUUAUAUGUACACGUUA